AUCUCUCUGAUGCACUUUGCCCAUGACAAAAGAAACAUACAGAAACAAAAAGAAGCCUGGCAGACUUUAUCCUCUCAGCACGCUGUGUGGUUAACUAGCGGCUAUAACUGAUGAGAGGUGUGUGCAGAGUCACACACACACGCAGGAUGCUCACUUCACUUCGUCAGUCAUCUUGCAAAAAUACACCGUGCACAAAUGACUACCGCUGCAAAACGUCCUCACCGGGCAUCAAGGAACAAAGGUGCAGGUGCUUCUUAGCAUUGGUAUAAUGUAUUUUAUAAAAUACUUUGCAUUGAAUCGAAGCAUGGCGGGCACAGAUUGAGGAUGAGUUAAUUAACUUUAGUGCUAAGUUCCACUGUUGAUCAGACAAACACAUCUGAAGUUCUUCUUCCCAUCUUGAUUUAGUUAAAGAAAUAGACUUCAAGACUGCUCUAUCAAGUAUACUAUACAGGACUGAAACGCAUCUUCUUUGUUGAGGAUCUGUUUUCAGAAGGGUGUCUAAUUGUGUUUCAGGAGGGCGAUUGGGAAAAUGGGGGAACUGCUUCUUUACAAAGUCUCUAGCCUGGAGAUAACGGAAGAAAUGUGAAUUAGGUAAAUUAUAUUUGGAUGAGAGGUCAGCAAAUGAUAAAAAAUCAUCAUCACAGUAUAAGUCUUUAACCUUUUUGAUUCCUUUGCUAUACCAGAUUCUGAAAAUGAUGUCAGUAACGGAGGGUGCAAAGUUGCAAUUUUUCAAUAAGGGUGUCAACAGAGAAGGACCAGUUAGACCUAGGUGUUUUCUUAACUGUCUCCAAAUGGCUACUGUUUCCUUUGCUAUGAGAUUAUCUCCAACAAGGGAUGGAGAGAGCGGGAGCGGGGAACUAAGGAUUGAUGAUAGUGAAUAGCGGCUUGAUUCCUUUUCCAUUUGGACCCAAACUGGCAAAGUGUCACUGCUCUCGCACUGCCAGUACAGAAGUUUCUGUAUAUUGGCAGCCCAGUAGUAUUGUCUGAAGUUGGGCAAUGCAAGGCCACCAUCACACUUGGGAGCCUGUAGAAUAGACUUACGGAGUCUAGCAGACUUUCCACCCCAUAAGAAGUUUGAAAUAGUUUUAUCCAGUCUAUCAAAGAAUGAUUUUGCAAGAAGAGUGGGGACAUGUUGGAAGAGUUACAGAAAUUUGGGAAGGACGACCAUCUUAAUCAAAUUGACACAUCCUACAAGGGAUAAUGUUAAUAAAGACCAACGCUCAAGAUCUUUUCUAACACACUCUAAUAAAGUUAGAAAGUUUUGUUUCACCAUCUCCGGUAACAAAGCAGAAAUAAAAACUCCAAGAUACCGAAAUCCACUCUCCGCCCACUUAAAGGGUGUGAUUGAAUGAGGAAGCUCUUUGGCUAGAGAAUUAAGCGGAAACAGUUCACUUUUUUGAUAACCAAGCUUGUAGCCAGAGAAUGUGCCAUACUUAUCCAGUAUAUCAAAGAGCACUGGUAGUGAAUUCACAGGGUCAGAGAUAUACAGAAGUAAGUCAUCCGCGUAGAGAGAUACUUUAUGGGUUAUCCCCUCAUAAUACCUCUAACUCUUCCUCUGAGCACAACCAUAUAGCAAGAGGCUCGAUCGCAAUAGCAAAUAGAAGAGGUGAGAGAGGGCACCCCUGCCUCGUGCCCCUUCCAAGCGGAAAAGGCCGAGAUAAUGUGUUGUUAGUGCGAACUGAGGCCAGUGGAGAAGAGUAUAAAAGUCGAACCCACUUGACAAAGUCCUCACCGAACCCAAACCUGUCCAUUACUUCAAAAAGAAAGCUCCACUCGACACGGUCAAAAGCUUUCUCCACAUCGAGGGACACAACAAUCUCUGGUACUGAACUGCAUGGUGUGUGAAUAAUAUUUAAAAGACGUCUAGAGUUGUGAUAGGAGUGGCGUCCAGUCAUAAAGCCAGUCUGAUCUAAGGAGAUGAUUUGAGGUAGCACAUGCUGUAAUCGAAGUGCAAGGGCUUUAGAAAGGAUUUUAAAAUCUAGAUUUAGAAGCGAAAUGGGUCUGUAACUACUACACAAUAGGGGAUCUUUAUCUUUUUUCAAAAUUAAAGAGAUGGUGGCUUCUGACAGAGUCUUAGGGAGCCGGCAGUUUGAAAAUGCCUCAUUAUACAUUGCAUUCAACACUGGUGCCAGAAGAUCAGAGUUAGCUUUAUACUAUUCAGCCGAAAAGCCAUCUGGGCCCGGCGACUUGCCAGGAUUUAAAGAUUUAAUGGCUUCUUGCACCUCAGUAAUCGUAAUAGGUCUGCCCAAACCUCUUGCUGAUUCAUUAUCUAUCUGUGGGAAUUGUAUGCCAUGAAGCAUCUGACAUGCAGUUGGUGAUGACCUGGAAGAGUACAAGUCGGAAUAAAAUUCAACAAAUACUUCAUUUACGCUUUUCGGAUCAGAUAGAAUCUCGCCAGUAGUGGACUUUACACUUGGAAUUAAUUUUGAAGUUGCAUCCGCACGAGCUUGAUGGGCAAGAAGUUUUCCGGCUUUAUCACCAGACUCAAAAAAAUGCUGCUUUGUCUUGAUUAGCUGAGUAAUUGCGGCUGUAGUGGUGGUUAAAUUAAGGCUAGCCUGUAGCUUCACUUGUUUGGUGUAAAGGCUCGGAUCAGGAUUGAGCGAGUAUCUGCUAUCAAUAUCUUCUAUUUUAUUCAGAAGAUUUGUAGUAUAAGAUUGUUCUUUUUUCUUAGCAUUUGAAAUAAAUUUAUAAGCUGACCUCUCAUAUAGGCUUUUGAACUUUCCCACAGUAAAUUUCUGGAUAUUUCAGGAGAAUCAUUUAUUUUAAAAAAAAAAAAAAAAGUGCAAUUUGGGAUCUCAUAAAUUUAUUAUAUUCCUCUUUAAUCAGCAGGCUAGAGUUAAAUCUCCAACAUUUAAGGGGGCGAGAUAGAGUUUCAAAUACUACAUCCAGAGAAACUGGUGCAUGGUCUGAAAUAGCUAUGGUAUGAUAGUCGCAUGUUUUAAUUUUUGAAAGCAGUCUACUAUCAACAAGAAAAAAAUCGAUACGUGUAUAUGUGCAGUGUGAGUUUGAAAAGAAGGAGAAUAUCUUGGUGUUUGGAUUUCUUUGUCGCCAUGGGUCCACAAACCCCAGUUGAGUUUUAAAAAAAUCUAGACUUUUAGCAGACUUACUCAAAGCAACAGCUUUUGAUGACAACCUGUCCAUUAAAGUGUCCUGAAGUGUCCUGAUUAAGUUGAAAUCCCCUUCAAUAAUAAGAUGAUAAUUUUCUAAAUUUGGUAGUGCAGCUGUUAUGUUGACUUUUUGACAUUUAUAUUUCACUGAACUGACCUAAAACCUUGAGUUGGCAUAUCAAUAACACAUUAAAUUCAGUUGAAAUUUCAUAACUUAUUACCUUAAUUAGAAGUGAAUGAUAGAAAGAUGAUAACUCAUCGAGCUUGCUCUUCUAGAAGCAUCUCCCCCUAGUGCACAUAAAAAUACAAAUACGCAAUAAACAUGACAUAAGGGUGGAUAGAUAGAUAGAUAGAUAGAUAGAUAGAUAAAUAGAUAGAUAGAUAGAUAGAUAGAUAGAUAGAUAGAUAGAUAGAUAGAUAGAUAGAUAGAUAGAUAGAUAGAUAGAUAGAUAGAUAGAUAGAUAGAUAGAUAGAUACUUUAUUAAUCCAGAGGGAAAUUCAAGUGAUAAACAGAAGAAACAAAAAGUCCAAUAAGAGGCCUCAUGUCCACUCAUGUUGUCCCAUGUCUGACCCACAGAAAAUAGUCCAGAAGUAUCCGUAGGGGUUACUCCUCUGAGUUUAAACUGUUCCUCAGCCGGUUUGUCCAACAUGCAUGGCUCUGUAGAGAACCCGGCCAGGGUGGAGAGGUCAGACGGGAUCUUCUCUGCCUUACUGAGACCACAGGAGUUUGUAAUGUCUUCCAGCUGAUAAUCUUCUGUUCUGAUCUUAUCAACUCCUGCAGGGUUUUCUGUCACCAGUACUACAACCAGUUUACCUCAAUGUGAAGCGGCUUACCUCCAGGUGACCCUUCCCUCAACAGUCUGAGGACGUGGAGUUUCUGCUGGACCUUCCUGACCACUGAUGACGUGUUGGUGGACCACGUUAGGUCUUUAGCAAAGUGCACCCCAGGAACCUGAAGAAGAAGACUGUUGAUCUGUAGUGGAGCAGGAUCUUGAUCACCAUCUGGUGUUCAGCAGAAGGUUAUUAUCUUAGUGAGCCUCUGGACCUCCUCCCUGUUUGCUGUUUCAUUGCCCCUGGUGAUGAGAUCCACCUCCGUUGUGUUGUCUGUGAACUUGACGAUGAUGUUUGAGGUCAGAGGAGCAGAGUGGAAAACCUUUUUGUCUCGAAGCGAAUGAAGAAACGGUUCAGUUCCUCCACCAGCGAGGCGUCAGUGUUUACUACCUGUUGCUGUUACAGUCGGUAAGAUGCUGUAAACCCACCUCACCUGCUUCAAGUUGUUGUCAGCCAAAUGGUUCUCCACCUUCCUUCUCCUCAGGUUGGUCCUGGUCUCACUGGACUGGUCUUGGUCUUCAGCCUUGGAGGUUCUCAGCAGUGACCACACCUCAGCAGUCAUCAAGGGUUCCUGGUUGGAGAACACCCUGAUUUACCUGUCCAUUGUGAAAAUGUUGGCAAAACAUCAAGAACAGGCAGCAGAACAUCAGGAGAAUGUCAGGAGAACAUGAGCAGAACAUGAGCAGAACAUUCUGAGUCCUACUGCCAGAAGACAUCUCCAUCUUCUCUCUCCUUCUUCAUAAUGUUCCACAGAGCUGCAGGACUUUAAAAUGACCCUCGGUGAAGAACAACGAGUCAGAACCUGUUCAGAGUUCAAAAUGGAGUUUACACAGACUUCUUGUUGUUUAUCUGCUUUCUUGUGUGUUUGUACAGACGUUCAGCUGUAGGUUCAGGUGUCUUCAUCAGGUGUUUCAGGUGUUUUUUAUCAGGUAUUCAUCAAGUGUUUAUCAGGUGUUUCUACUGGGUGUUUCAGGUGUUUUUGAGGUAAAUUUCAGGUGUUAUCAGGUGUUUCAGGUGUUUUUAUCAGGUGUUUAUCAAGUGUUGCUGCUGAGCGUAAACACCUUAGACUGUUUACUCUCUGAAUAAUUCAGAGCCAACUGAUAUCAUGCUGCUCCUUCACCUGGACUGAAGUUCUUCCCCCUUUUACACCUGACCACAUUAUAACUGCGACACGUUUCACACCUGAAGCAGACCAGCGACAGCAUCUCAGCUGAUACGUCCAGAGUCUGACAGAAGACUUAAUAGAUCUCAGUAGACUUCAGUAGAUCUCAGUAGACUUCAGUAGAUCUCAGUAGGCCUCAGUAGAUCUUAGUAGACCUCAGUAGAUCUCCAUAGACUUCAGUAGAUCUCAGUAGACUUCAGUAGAUCUCAGGAGAUCUCAGUAGAUCUUAAUAGAUCUCAGUAGAUCUUAGUAGACCUCAAUAGACCACAAUAGAUCUCAGGAUGGCGUGCAUGGCGGUGGAGCUUGCGAGGAAGAAGGCCCGGCUGGAGGACGGUGCCGGCAGCAGUUCCAACGUUGUUUCCUUCAACCAGCAGAACUUUGAGCAGCUGCAGCAGGACUGCCUGCAGAACGGUUCUCUGUUCUGUGACCCGACGUUCCCGGCAUCCUGGGACUCUCUGGGAUACAACGAGCUGGGACGCAACUCGUCCAAAGCCAUCGGCGUGGAAUGGAAACGUCCCACGGAGCUGUGUUCUGAUCCACAGUUCAUCGUUGACGGAGCGAAAAGAACCGACAUCUGUCAAGGAGAACUGGGUGACUGCUGGCUGCUGGCGGCCAUCGCUUCUCUGACUCUGGAUCAUCAGAUCCUGAACCGAGUAGUUCCUCCUGGUCAGAGCUUCACCUCCCAGUACGCCGGCAUCUUCCACUUCCAGCUGUGGCAGUUUGGUGAGUGGGUGGACGUGGUGGUGGACGACCGGCUGCCCUCCAGAGACGGGAGGCUGAUGUUUGUCCACUCAGAGGAGGGAGCGGAGUUCUGGAGUGCUCUGCUAGAGAAGGCCUACGCAAAGCUCAACGGCUCCUAUGAAUCUCUGAAUGGAGGCUCCAGCAUCGAGGGCUUCGAGGACUUCACCGGCGGCAUCGCUGAGAGCUACGACCUGCAGGAGGCGCCGCCGUUCCUCUUCAACAUCAUGAGGAAAGCCCUGAGGCUGGGCUCGCUGCUGGGCUGCUCCAUCAACAUCUCCAACUCUCGUGAGACGGAGGCCAUCACACCUCAGAAGCUGGUCAAAGGCCACGCCUACUCCAUCACAGCGGUCGAGCAGGUUCAUCACCUGGGUUCUCCAGUGGAGCUGGUCCGGAUCAGGAACCCCUGGGGUCAGGUGGAGUGGAGCGGCGCCUGGAGCGACAAUUCCCCUGAAUGGACUGGAGUCCAGCCGGAGGAGCGAAGCCGGCUCGAUCGUCCCGCUGACGACGGAGAGUUCUGGAUGUCCUACCGAGACUUCCUGCAGCAGUUUUCCCACCUCGACAUCUGCAACCUGACGCCCGACACGCUGAGCAGCGACCACCUCCACCGCUGGAGCUACAGCGAGUUCGAAGGCGUGUGGAGGGUCGGUUCCACCGCCGGCGGCUGCAGGAACUACUCCGCCACAUUCUGUUCGAACCCUCAGUUCCUGAUCCGGCUGCAGAACGUAGACGACGAUCCUCACGAUGGUGAGGAUGGCUGCACAGUUCUCAUCGGUCUCAUACAGAAAGAUGGUCGCAGAGAACGACGCUUUGGACGAGAACUCAACACCAUCGGGUUCUCCGUCUACCAGGUCCUGAAGAACAGUUCCAGCUCCACGUUCUGUUUGAAAUGUUCUGAUGGAACCUAUUUAAAGCUCCAACUGAAACUCUGUUUUUAUCCAUUUAAAUGGUUCUCAGGAGGUUCUUUAAAUGUUCUUAACGUCUGUUUGUGUUUUUUCUUGCAGGUUCCUGAUCAGCACCGAGGUCGCUCCAACGUCCGUCUGGGUCCAGAUGUUCUGCUGAGGUCGGCGCCGGCAGUUCGCAGUCGGACCUUCAUCAACCUCAGGGAAGUCUGCGACCGCUUCAAGCUGCCGCCAGGAGACUUCGUCAUCGUCCCGUCCACCUUCGAACCGCACCGCAGAGGAAGCUUCAUCCUCCGAGUGUUCACCGAGAAACACGCCCACAGCAGGUCAGAACCAGAACCAGAACACGCCCACAGCAGGUCAGAACCAGAACCACAACCAGAACCAGAGUACGCCCACAGCAGGUCAGAAUCAGAUCCAGAACCAGAACAUGCCCACAGCAGGUCAGAACCAGAACCACAACCAGAACCAGAACACACCCACAGCAGGUCAGAACCACAACCAGAACCACAACCAGAACACACCCACAGCAGGUCAGAACCAGAUCCAGAACCAGAACACGCCCACAGCAGCCCGGUGGAGGAGGACGUGGACGCCGACAUCCAGGAGCGUGACAUUCGACAGGACGACGUGGAUCCUCACUUCAAACAUCUCUUUGCUCAGAUCUCUGGAAAGGUAACAACACUGUUUAUUUCUUCAUCCUCACCUCCUCACCUCCAGGUUCCACGCCGACCUUCUGUCCUUCUGUUUCCUCAGGACUCGCAGAUCUCAGCCUUCGAGCUGCAGAAGAUUCUGGACAAAGUGGUGAAGCAGAGGUCUGAUGUUCGAACUAAUGGUUUCAGUCUGCAGACCUGCCGCAACAUCAGUCUGCUGGAUGCAGAUGGCAGCUCCACUGUAGGUCUGCUGGAGUUCCACACUUUGUGGAACAAGAUCCAGAGAUACCUGGGGAUCUUCAAGAACCAUGACUCGGACGAUUCUGGAUCUAUGAGCAGCCAUGAGAUGAGAGCAGCUCUGGCUGAAGCUGGUUUCCAGGUGAACAGCGCCGUGAUCCAGGAGAUCGUUGGUCGAUACGCUGACAGCAGCUUCUCCAUCGACUUCGACUGUUUCAUUGGUUGUUUGAUCCGUCUGGAGAUGCUCUUCAAGAUGUUCUGGACUCUGGACAAGCAGAACCAGGGUCGGAUCCAGCUGGACUUGCAGCAGUGGCUCUGCCUUGCCAUCAACUGACUCUCUCCUGGAGCAUGCUGGGAAAUUUACCUGCAACACCUGAGCUUAAUCUGGAGAUAAACUGGAGCUAGAUUUAAAUUAAUCUGGAGACAAACUGGAGUUUAAUAUAAAUUAAUCUGGAGUUAAACUGGAGUUCAGUUGAAGUUUAUAUUUAGUUAAUCUGAUGUGAAUUCUAUGUUGAUCUGAAAUUAAGCUGCUGAUAAUUUUGAGUAAAAGUAAAGUUAAUCUGACUUUAUCCUGACUUUAUCCCGACUUUAACCUAACUUUAAUCUGACUUUAAUCUGACUUUAACCUGACUUUAAUCUGACUUUAUCCUGACUUUAAUCUUGUCCUGGCUCCAGUUCCCGUGAUGAUGAUUGUUUAAUGAAAAGUUUUUAUGAAUGAUAAUAAAAAUAAACCAUGUUGAAACUUCCA